UGUUUGUGCAGGUAGUUCUGCGCUCACGCAGCAGCGUGGCUCUUCGCACGUUACACACACCUGGACACAAGUCCAAUAGAGGCGACUGUAAGCUCGGUUUUCUCUUAAAGUUACAAGCGGACGAGCAACACCAAAAAACAUUUUUCUUUUAGCUCUUUGCUCCACGCCCAAGGCGACCUUUGCUCCUCUCGAAAAAGCGAGCUUACAGCCCUCUACCUUGGGUUCAAAGCAAUACCACACAACAAACCGCAUCCGAAUCGCAUCAGCCAACUACGAGAUCUACAUGUCUGUAAACGGCCCCUCCAGGGGGGCUGCAGCACCCACACCAGCAGACCCUCCCCAAAACAAAAAUCGAUGUCCGCGCCGUUCGGCAGCAGGAGGCGCGCUGCGCGAAAGCUGAAUCAAAACAAAACGAACUUUGAAGAGAGAACGGGGCAGUGUAUGGUAGCCGCGUCAGCAGAAGAUAACACGCGGCGCGCUAUCGAACGCGGCAGCCUCACCGUCGUACCGAGAACGCUAGAGGAAACGAAGGAGGAGUUGGUCAAAAGUAACAAAAUUGUGGAAGAGAGCCAGUCUAGCUGCAGCAUGGCGAUGGAGUUUGCGCGCGAGAAAGACGAAGAGCUCAAGUGGGAGCGGGCACGGAGACAGCAGGCCGAGCAAAAGAACAAAGAGGCUACGCGAGAGAAGGAGGCGGCGGCGGCGGGACGGCGCCAGGCGGAAGCGAGAGUCCGCGCCAUGUCGAGGGAGCUGGCCAGUCUGAAAGACUCGGUGAAAUCGCUCCGCAAAACCAACGCCACCCUCUUGGAGGAUGCCGGGAUACCAAUCGUCGCCGACGAUCCUCACCCGGAAGAGGACAGCACCCGCAGCCUCGAGGACGAACUCUUGCUCGAGAAGGGGAAGGCCGAAAGGCUGCAGCGGAAGGUCGACUACCUCGCGCCGAUCGUGGACGGACUCAAGCGACAAGUUUCGUAUGAGAAAAAAAAGACGAAGCGAGCCAAGCUGAAUCUUGAGGACCGCAAGGCUCACGAACCGGAGGGGGGGGCGGAGCAAGAGGAACCUGAGCAGGAGAAGGGAAAGGGCGGUGGGGAGUUGCUCUCUGCAGAGGAUGAGAAAAAGGUAUUGGAGCGCGUCAUCAAGAACCGUCUCAAACCCGGCGGGGGGGUGUCUCUCAGCAUGACUCCGCAGCUGCUUCAGUUUAUCAUGUUCCACACCACGGGGGUGCGACUCAAACAAGAUCUCAACAUCACGUGUGCCCGCAACACGGUCAAGGUUCUUGGUCUCGGCAUUACGCAAUUAGAUGGGGAGGAGUUGGUGAAAGCAAUUCUCCAGGCGCCGUUUUUGCUGAUUGCCGAUGACGAGUCUCUCCGCAACGGGGACAAGAAGUUCCCCUCUUCGUCGCCUUUUACGACGUGGAGGCGGACGCGCCUUAGUUUGGAUUGUUGCGCGUACGUAGCAUGA